AUGUCCUUCGGAAGAGACAUGGAGCUGGAGCACUUUGACGAGCGCGACAAGGCGCAGAGAUACAGCCGCGGCUCGCGGGUCAACGGGCUGCCCAGCCCCACCCACAGCGCCCACUGCAGCUUCUACCGCACGCGCACACUGCAGACGCUCAGCUCCGAGAAGAAGGCCAAGAAAGUGCGCUUCUACCGAAACGGAGACCGCUACUUCAAGGGCAUCGUGUAUGCCAUCUCCCCGGACCGUUUCCGGUCCUUCGAGGCCCUGCUGGCGGACCUGACGCGGACUCUGUCGGACAACGUGAAUUUGCCUCAGGGAGUGAGAACCAUCUACACCAUCGAUGGCCUCAAGAAGGUCUCCAGCUUGGACCAGCUGGUGGAAGGAGAGAGUUACGUGUGUGGCUCCAUCGAACCCUUCAAGAAACUGGAGUACACCAAGAACGUGAACCCCAACUGGUCGGUGAACGUCAAGACCACCUCCGCUUCCCGGGCUGUGUCAUCGCUGGCCACCGCCAAGGGCAGCCCUUCGGAGGUGAGGGAGAACAAGGAUUUCAUUCGUCCCAAGCUGGUCACCAUCAUCCGAAGCGGGGUGAAGCCGCGGAAGGCCGUCCGGAUCCUGCUAAACAAGAAGACUGCACACUCCUUUGAGCAGGUCCUCACCGAUAUCACCGACGCCAUCAAGCUCGACUCGGGGGUGGUGAAGCGCCUCUACACGCUGGACGGGAAGCAGGUAAGACAUGACUCAGGCCCGACUGCGACUCGACAGGCGGGAGCCAGGGACGCGGAGGCUCUGCGCGGCCUGCAGGGGCGUCUGGAAUGUAAUUUCUGA